UACACCAAUUAGUGGAUACAUGAAUAGUAAUUCCGCGAAUGAACAGCAACCCGCUUCGUGCUGCGUAAUACGCGGCGGAAAGUUUCCGUAUCAGGAUGAUCGCUUAAUCAUCGAGGACCAUACACAAUAGCUAUCUCCAAAAAGCCGCAGACAACUAGCAAGUCAUCAAAGCAUAUAACAUACCAUCAUCAUCAAAGUCCCUCCCACCAUGUACUUUACCCACCUAUCCGGAACCCAUCCCCAAAAUGAACGAAGCCGCUGUGCUCACCUCCCCCAGAUCCCCGCUCGUCGUGCAAUCACUGCCCAUUCCUAGCCCUGCACCCCAUGAACUACUUAUCAAGGUGCAUUUUAUAGGCGUCAAUGCUAUCGAAGCCAAGAUUUCUAAACAGGCAACGCCACCACCGCCCUCCUACCCUUUCAUUCCAGGCUCUUCCUACACGGGUACAGUUUCGGCUGUCGGCUCCCAAGUCACGGAAUACCAAGUUGGCGACCGCGUUCUCAUUAGCAAGAGAUUUGGUACACAGGGAAAUGCAUAUGGCGCGUAUCAACGCUACGCUAUUGUUGCUGCGGGUGAGAAGAUUAUUAUAAGUGUACCAGGCUGGUUCACUGACAGUGAGGAGAAGGCGCUAGUGGCGGUGGUGAUGAACGCGAGUUGUGUGCCUGGACUAUUUUCUGGGCGAUUGGGACUGCGCAGACCGGAUUUCAGGGAGAACGAACAACGAAAUGAUGAUGAGGCGGGGGUAAGACAGAUUGAAACAAGCAAGAAGGAGAAGAUUUUGGUAUACGGCGGAAGUUCCAGUUUUGGCCGUCUAGCAGUGCAAUACCUUGGAUGCGCGGGGUACGAUGUCACCACCACGUCGUCGCCUCUGCACAUGGCCAGCGUACGUUCGCUCAUUGGCAGUGACAAUCAGGUCAUCGACCAUACGCAACCCCCCGAAAGAGUCAUUGCAGAACUCAAAGCGCGUGGACCAUACGACAUCGUCGUCGACAUGAUAUCCACCCCCCAAACUAUCCCUCUCACAAGCCGCAUCCUGGUCGCCCAAGGUGGGGGAAAGCUGUUCACUACCCAGCCUGCUUUCGGCCCGGAGUGCUUGCCAGAGGGUGUAGAGAGAAUUUUUGAACCGUGGUCGGACUCGUUGUACGAGGAGGGGAAUGAAGGACUGAUGGAAUGGGUUGUGGGGAUGUAUUUACCAUUUGGCAUGGAGAAGGGGUGGAUGAGUGGGCAGGUUGUUGAGAUGGUGGAGGGGCUCGAGGGUGUUGACGUGGUUCUGAGGGGGAUGAUUGAGGGAUGUGCGAGUGGAAAGAGGUUUGUUGUUGAGGUUGUUGGGUAAGGACUUUUAGGGUGGAUUUUUGGGAAAUCAAAUCUGUGUAUGAUACCUAGUAUAUAUGCCUGUGGAAAUACCAGCUCCCAGCCUCUUCUACCCACAUCCAAACACGAACAAUGAAAGUGCUACCGUGAUGUGCCAG